AUGUCGGCCAAUCUCCCAUCCAUACCCCUGCUAAACGACGACCAGAAGCUCGCAAGCGAUGGAUCAAACUGGGCGACCUUCAAAGAAGUCAUGGUCAGCAUGGCUCGAGGGCGCGGUUUAGACGGUUACCUGUUUGGAACCGUGCUCGAGCCAGCGGGAUUUGUUGCGAACAACCUGGGCCCCUCCUCGCUCAACGCCACCAUGCCAUCCCCAGACGAGUACACCCUGCGUGACGGAUGGGUUGCAGCACUUCUCUUCCAAAACAUCAAGGACCCACGUGCGCACGAUCUGAAGGGGACGGACCAAGCCUCGAUGAUAUGGUCGACAUUGGUCCACAAGUUCAACCGGAGUACCGAGCUCCUUGUCGGUCUGAAGAUGGAGAGACUUCGCACCCUCACGCUGAAAGACCCACGUUACCUCAUGACCCACAUCGACGAGCUCGUGAAACGACGUGCCGAGGUCCACGACAUCGGGGGAACCGUUCCCGAUCCCAUGAUGUGCACGAUCAUCCUGACGUCGUUGCCAAAGGAGGAGUUUGGCACCGCGUUGAUUGCCCUCCAAGUGCACUCCGUUGUCGCGCAUCUAGUCCAACACCUGCGAGAAUGGUGGGACUUAGUGUGGAAGAAACGGAUGGAGGAAGAGGGAAAUGGAGCUACCGCUAAUGCGCUCGCCGUCGGAGUCAAUGCCACCGGGUGCGAGAACUGUGGGGUCCGAGGACACGAUCAGAGAGGGUGCUGGGCAAGGGGAGGUGGAAAAGAAGGACAGGCACCUGGGUGGUGGAAACCUCCUCGGGGAAAGGAGCCAAGUCCGGACCUUGUCAAUGCCCAUCGAAAUGCGAAGGAGUCGCGCCGCUUCCAAUCCCAGCAAGCUCCAAGUCCCACUGCAGCGUUCACAAACCCGAUGACCACAUAUGUCUUGGCCGCGAAAACUGCGGACGAUGGUACGUUGCUGCGCACGGGUGAUCCACCGCAAGCAUCUGACACCCCGUUCAGAACUGGACGUCGACGGGAAACUGUUACCGUUCUGAAUGGGGAGGUCAGGUGGGAAGAGGAACCCGUAGCGUACGCAGCUUUGUCAGUACAUGAGAGCAACAAUUUGAUCCCGACCUUCCUGGAUUCGGGAGCAUCAGAGCAUUGCGUUGUCAAGCGAUCGUGGUUUGUGACGUACCAGGAAGUGGAAGGGGUGGAAGGGCAAACGGCAGUCAAGGCCGGAGGUCGUUUUCAAAUCAGCGGAAGGGGAGACGUCGAAAUGUGUGUGCGCCUGGAGAACGGGGAGGACCGACGAAUCCGGUUUAGCGCAAUCCAUACGCCCGAUUUCGGAAUGAACUUGAUUUCGAUUCCGAUGCUGGACAAACGAGGAUUCCAAGGCUCGUGGGGACAAGGCGUGCUGAACGUGAUUGACCAGGAGGGGACGGUGGUGAUUAGUGGGCGAAUGGCACCGGAACGCAAAGGCGGGCGAUCCCUAUACAGCGUCCAGGUGGUCGAUGAUGGCAGGCUGGGCAAAGUUACGAUUGCGAUCGCCGGAAGGGAUCGUCGACAACCAACUAGUCUGGAGAACUGGCAUCGACGCAUGGGGCACGCAGAUAUCAGGGCAAUCCGGUCGUUGCGAGCGGCGAACCAUGUCGACGGUCUCGAUGUCACCGACAGCACUGUCAGGGGGAUGUGUAACGACUGUAUCCUCGGGAAGCACGAUCGAACCCCAUUCAAUGACGAAGUGACCCACGAGAGUGAGCCACUGGAACGAGUCCACUUGGACUUGUGGGGACGAGCUCGAACGCCAAGCUGGGGCCAUGCCGUAUAUCUGCUGCUUGUCUCGGAUGGGGGCACCAGCAUGAAGUUCCCGUUGUUUCUGUCAGACAAACGUCAAGAAACUGUCUUGAAGGCAUUCUCGUCAUGGCUCACCGAGGCUGAAGUGCAAACCGAGCGGAAGCUGAAGACCCUCCGAGUCGACCUGGGCAGCGAGUUUGAUAACGACAUGUUCACGGGUUUUUGCCGAGAGCGGGGGAUCGUUGUCGAACGGGUUCCAAAAGCGUCGUCCGCUGCUCACGGUCACGCAGAACGGGGAAAUCGCACAGUCAUUGCAGGGGCACGUACGCAACUGAUCGAGUCUGGGUUAGAUCAUCGGUUUUGGGCAGAGGCGACAGCGGCGCACUGCUAUGUCCGAAGCUUCAUUCCAUCUGCACGGCAUCCACGGUCGGUCCCAUGGGUUCGCUGGUUCAGGAAGAAGAAUGAGCGCGGAGAAUUUGUCCGACCGAAUAUAUUGCACCUUCGAGUGUGGGGGAGCAAGUGCUGGGUCAAAGACCUCGACAACCUGGAAGGCAAGCUGGGAGCUCAGGGUUGGGAGGGGCGUAUGGUCGGUUACAUGGGAAGACGCGGAUACCGGAUCUACGACCCAAAACGAAUGAAGGUGUAUGAAGUGCGCAACGUAAUCUUCGAGGAAGGGGAGCCGCACCGAACCGAAGGCGUGGAACCAUCGGACGAACCUGGAAACGUACUUCAGACAGAAGAAGAUGAGGUAAACAAGGAGGUGGACGAACCAGGAGACGAGCCGGUGGAAAACCCCCAAGAAACAGUGACCCCGACAGGAGAGGAGCGACUCGAAGGCCGGGAGCGAUCCGAAGUGAACGAACACAGUGGGCCGCCACCACUGCCGCGACGAAGCAAGCGAGUGCCAAAACCGAGUAGGCGGGGGCUCGAAAGUCUAGUGGCGCAGCAGGCAGAAGAAGAAGCGAGACGAGCUCAAGAAGACUGGGCACGGGACUCAAUAAGGCCGGCGGCAAACUGGGUGGACCGCGACAAAAGGAAAGCUACCACGAAGUGGGGCCGAGGCAUUGAGGGAGCCGGAAAUUUGGGGACCACCGAUGAGAGCCGAGAUGGACCAGAUGAAAGCGAAAGGAGUAUGGAGGCUGGUGGACUUGCCGGAGGGAGAAAGGGCGCUGGACGGAAUGUGGGUUUUUGA